AUGUUCACUGCCUGCAGCAGAAGAGGCCCUGCCUCCAUAUCUAGAGUUUUCCGCGCCGCAGCUUCAAUAUCCCGAAUACCAUCAACUCGACCCUCAACCCUUUCUCUCUCGCUAAAGAAUACUGCGAGGCCUGCGCUUGAAGCACGAUGGCUGCAUGUUUCGUCACGAUUGAGCGAUCAGGUUGCGGCGGCGAGAGCUUAUGAUAAUGGAGAUGCAUAUGAAAAGGACAACCAGGAGAUCAAAAAGUUCCAAGAGCUUAUUGAUCAUGACCUGGUUCACCCCAAUAUUGUCAAUACUAUUGUGAAGGGAUUAGGUUAUGAAAACAUGACGGAUGUACAGACUAUGACAAUCAACCAAGGUUUACAGGGUGACGAUAUCAUUGCGCAAGCACGAACGGGUACCGGAAAAACCCUUGGCUUUCUCAUCCCAACAAUCCAAAGGAUCCUCGAGAAGGACCCCGAGCUUGCUACACGGCACAGAUAUUCUAGAGCCCGAGCCUCCGAUAUCCGAGCAAUUAUCAUCUCCCCAACUCGUGAGCUUGCGGAGCAAAUCGCUGUCGAGGCCGCCAAACUCACCAAUAAUACCGACUUAAUAGUCCAGGUCGCAGUUGGUGGAAACAGCAAGCGGGAGAUGUUGAACAAGACCCGUAGAGAAGGAUGCCACAUUCUUGUCGGCACACCUGGUCGGUUGAACGAUCUCUUGGAAGACCCAUAUAGUGGAGUUGAAGCACCGAAUAUGACUGCGCUAGUCUUGGAUGAGGCCGACAGACUUCUAGAUCAAGGAUUUUCUGCGGAAAUUGAUAGUAUCAUAGAUAAGUUACCCGAUAGGAAAGACGUCGAUCGACAAACGUUGAUGUUUUCUGCUACUGUUCCCCGGGAGGUCAUGCAUCUCGUUCGCAAAACACUGAAACCCAAAUUCCACUUCGUACAAACUGUCAAGGAAGGCGAAUUGGCUACGCACGAAAAGGUUCCCCAAAAGAUCAUCUCUACGCCAGGUCUCGAAAACCACAUGCCAGCCCUAUUUGAGUUGUGCAAACGCGAAGUGGAUAAACACGCUGCUGGCGAAGGGCCUCCUUUCAAGGCAAUUGUUUAUUUGCAGUCAACCGCCAACGUCCAACUCUCUUUCAGAAUUUUCGACAACUUGAGUGACGAAAACGGCGGGCGAUACGCAAAAUCACCGCUUGACCCGGCGCAAGUGUUGUCAAUCCACGGGCAACUCACACAAGAGCGACGUUCAUACACCACAGAGAAGUUCCGCAGAGCCAAAUCUGCAAUUUUGUUCUCCACCGAUGUUACAGCGAGAGGAAUGGAUUUCCCCAACGUCACCCACGUUAUCCAAGUCGGCUUACCCUCUAACCGUGAACAAUACGUUCACCGAAUCGGUCGUACCGGACGAGCAGACAAGGAAGGAACAGGUGUUCUCAUCGUUUAUGAGGGCCAAAUCAACGCAUCGAGAUCAAUGCUGCGUGGCCUGCCCGUUGAAAUGGACAAAUCUAUUGAAGCUGCGCAUGUAGAUAUGACUCAGGAUGCCCAAUUACCGGCAUCUGUUGCCGCCACUUUGAGCAGCGUUGGCAAUGCAACAAAGAUGGUAGAUCGUCAGACAAAGCAUGAUGCCUUUAUGGGUAUGGUUGGACAAGCUGGCAAAGGCAUUGAUAUCGAGGCUUUGACUCAGUGGACUAAAUUUGGAUGGGGUUGGGACGAAGCACCCCACAUCGAUUCAAGACUUGCCCAGAAGAUUGGCCUUUCCUCAGGAGGUGGCGGUGGCGGUGGGGGAGGUUAUGGCGGUGGACGAGGAGGAGGUGGAGGUGGACGAGGUUAUAGCGGUGGACGAGGCGGAGGCGGUGGAGGUUAUGGUGGUGGACGAGGCGGAGGUGGAGGAGGUUAUGGCGGUGGACGAGGCGGAGGUGGAGGGCGUGGAUAUGGAAAUGAUCGAUCAGGCGGCCGAGGUCGUGGAUACGGAAAUGAUAGAUCAGGUGGCGGUGGUGGUGGACGAGACAGGGGACGCGCCGAUGACUUUUCCUUCUAA